AUGUUCAUGCCGCCGAACCAGUGGCUGUCGCUGCUGCGCCAGGCUCCGGAGGGCCGGCUGCGGUCUGCGCUGCAGCGGCUGCGCGUGGGCGUGACAGCAGGGGCGGCGCUCAAGGCGGAGGCGCACGCCUGGAUCGAGGCACGCACGGGCCGGCCGCUGAUACAGUGGUACGGCCAGACAGAGGCCUUCCACCUGUGCAUGGCGCUCAACCGUCGCCCCCCAGUGCCACCUGGCUCCGUGGGCCGGGUCAAUGACGGGGUGCAAGCCAAGGUAUUGGACUUAGAGACUGGGAAGUGUCUCGGUCCAGGAGUCGAUGGCGAGCUGUUCUUCAAAGGAUGGGCCAUCAUGGAGGAGUUCGUGGACAAAGAGGGUUGGAUCCACACCGGAGACGUGGGGCACUACGACGCUGAUGGCAACUUUUACGUCGUCGACAGAGUAAAGGAACUCGUCAAAUACCGUGGUGUUCACGUAUCGCCUUCAGAGCUGGAGGCGUGGCUGCUGGGACACCCGCAGGUGUCUGAGGCAGUGGUGGUGGGCCUGCCGCACGACGAGGACCAGGAGCAUCCAGCAGCCUUCGUCGUACUGGCCCAGGGCGCUACCGUCACUACUGACGAACUGAGGCAGCUGGUAAAAGAGAAAGCCCGGGGCAGCGAGGAGAAGCUGCUACAUGGGGGUGUCUUCCUAGUAGACUCCAUCCCUCGCAUGGCCACUGGAAAGGUCAGCAGGGGGCAACUGCGGCACUCUCUCCUGGAGAGGAUCAAAGGAAGGGCCUAA